GAGAGGUAUUUGAAGAAAUGCCAAAGCGCCAACUACUCUGCGCGUAGGCAAGACUGGGCAAGAAUGGGUUGAAAUUGUGUGCUUAUACAGAGAUGGGUUCGGUUGGGAGGUGCUUGUUUUAACAUCCUUUCAGGGACGAGGCGUGUGACUCAAGCCUUCUCUCUCUCUCUCCAUCUCCUCCUCAUACUUUAAUUUCCAUUUUCAUCAUUUCUGAUUAAUUUUCACCGUUUUACGCACACAGGAGUCGCACUUGGUCUAUGGAGAUGGUUAAUGGCGGAUUAACCAGUUUCUAAUGCGGUAUACUGGGUGGGUUUGUGUUUGGGUUUGGAUUUUCUCCUACUGAAUUUGAUCAUGAGGACGUCUUCGUUCGGGAGCAGCUCCAAGUACAGCCGCUCCUUUGACUUGCCGGAAGUCCAGCGGGAGCCGCCGCUCUACGGCGCAAUGCUGCCGGUUUACCUCAAUGACUUGAGCGUUGAGGUUACACUAGAGCUUGACGAUAAUUCCGUGGUUUUGUGCAGCGUCGCCCCCGCGGCGACGACGACCGCCAGUCAGAAUGCCGUAGCGUCGGCCGAAGACGAGUCGACCUCUAACGGAUUCCUCGUGCGGAGUACAUCGGCGGCGUCGAAGCUGCGGCGGAUGUUCUCGUGGCGGAGGACGCCGUCGGCGAGGACGUCGACGUCGGAGGCGGAGGAUCAGCACCAGGCGGCGGUGGUAUCGGCGCGUGAGUUGAUGAAGAUGAAGGCGAAGAUGAUGAGGACGAAGUCGAGCGCGCAGAGAGCACUGGGCGGACUGAGAUUCAUCAGCAAAAGCACGUGCGGAGAAUCGGAUCCAAAUUUGCUGUGGAAACAAGUGGAGGCGAGGUUCGAGGUGUUGGCCAAGGACGGAUUACUGUCGAGGCAAGACUUCGGCGAAUGCAUAGGAAUGGGGGAUUCCAAGGAGUUUGCGGUGGGGGUAUUCGACGCUCUGGCGCGGCGGCGGAGGCAGAAGACCAGUAGAAUAACCAAGGCGGAGCUGCAUGACUUCUGGCUUCAAAUUUCCGACAACAGCUUUGACGCUCGUCUCCAGAUUUUCUUCGACAUGGCGGAUAUUAAUGGAGACGGAAAAAUUACAAGGGAUGAAGUGCAAGAGCUAAUAUUGCUGAGUGCUUCUGCCAAUAAGCUGUCCAAUUUGAAAGAACGUGCAAAGGAGUACGCUUCUUUAAUUAUGGAAGAGCUUGACCCUGAUAAUCUUGAAUACAUUGAGUUAUGGCAGUUGGAAGCACUUCUUCUGCAAAGGGACAAUUAUAUGAACUACAGUAGACCUCUAAGCACAGCAAGUGUAGGAUGGAGCCAGAAUUUGAGCAGUGUUAUGCUGAACAAACUAGGGUCCCUCCUACUGGACAACUGGCAGAGAGGCUGGAUUUUAGUUCUAUGGGUUUUGGCCAUGGCUGGCCUUUUCACCUGGAAGUUUCUUCACUACAGGCAAAAAGCAGCAUUUCAGAUAAUGGGUUACUGCUUAACAACAGCCAAAGGAGCUGCUGAAACACUCAAACUCAACAUGGCCCUAAUCCUUCUACCAGUUUGCCGUAAUAUACUGACGUGGCUAAGAUCUACAAGAGCCAGAGUACUCUUCCCUUUCGAUGACAACAUUAACUUUCAUAGGGUUAUUGCAUUUGCUAUAGCGAUUGGAGUUAUGGUACAUGCAGGAGUUCAUUUAUCAUGUGAUUUUCCUCGUCUGGUUAGAUCAUUGCCAGAAAAAUUUGAACUAAUUGCUGCUGAUUUUAAUGGUGAAAAACCCACCUAUACCAGCCUGCUGAGUACUGUUACCGCCACUACUGGGAUUGUCAUGGUUGUGUUGAUGAUAAUCGCCUUUACGCUAGCUACAAGGAGCUUUAGAAGAAAUGGGGUGAAGUUGCCACCACCAUUGAACAGACUAACUGGAUUCAAUGCAUUCUGGUAUUCCCAUCACCUUCUGGGUCUAGUCUAUGUAUUACUUCUGAUCCAUGGGACCUUCUUGUUCUUGGUUCACCAAUGGUACAAGAAAACGACAUGGAUGUACAUAUCUGUUCCCCUGCUUCUUUAUAUAGCUGAAAGAAGUCUGAGAACUCGCAGGUCAGAACAUUAUGCAGUUAAGAUUUUGAAGGUUUCUGUACUACCGGGAGGUGUCUUCAGCUUGGUCAUGGCAAAGCCAAAUGGAUUUAAAUAUAAAAGUGGACAGUAUAUAUUUCUGCAAUGUCCUGCAAUCUCCUCCUUUGAAUGGCAUCCUUUUUCACUCACUUCAGCACCAGGAGACAAUUAUCUGAGUGUUCAUAUCCGUACAGUAGGUGAUUGGACACAAGAACUCAAGCGAGUGUUUACAGAAGAUAAUAGUUCAACAUGUGUGAUUGGUCGAGCUAAAUUUGGAGCUUUGGGAAAUGUUCAUCAAACUGGUCUACCUAAAUUGCUUGUUGAUGGACCCUACGGAGCACCGGCACAAGACUACCAGAACUAUGAUGUAUUACUUCUUGUAGGACUUGGAAUCGGGGCCACUCCUUUCAUAAGUAUCCUCAAGGAUCUCUUGAACAAUACUAGAUCAGAUGAUCAAAUGGACUCCAACACAGACACCAGUCGAUCAGAUGAUAGCUCAAAUAGUUUUACCUCUUCAUGCGACACAUCAAGCGGAAAGAAGAAAUCACAGAAGACGAGGAGGGCACAUUUCUACUGGGUAACCAGGGAACCUGGGUCCUUUGAGUGGUUCAAGGGAGUGAUGAAUGAAGUAGCAGAGAUGGAUCACAAGGAUCAAAUUGAGAUGCACAAUUAUCUAACAAGCGUUUAUGAAGAGGGUGAUGCAAGAUCAACUCUGAUCACCAUGGUGCAGGCUCUAAAUCAUGCUAAACAUGGGGUUGAUAUCCUUUCUGGCACUAGAGUAAGGACACAUUUUGCAAGGCCCAACUGGAAAGAAGUGUUCAAUAAAGUAGCUGCGAAGCAUCCGUGUUCAACAGUAGGUGUUUUCUACUGUGGGUUGCCGAUCUUAGCAAAGGAGCUGAAGAAGUUAUCACAAGAAUUGACUUAUAAGACAUCCACAAGAUUCGAAUUUCACAAGGAAUACUUCUAAGCAAGAAGAUCUCAACUAACCAUACAAGCGGAUUUGUAAUUAUUUAUGUAUAUGAGGAUAUAACAUACAUUUCUUCAGAUAGUGCAAAAAUCAUACAAAUAGCAUAGCCAUAUAUAUAAACACAAUAGAGGUUCAUUUGAAAGCUGGGUAAAAAUUGGGGACAAUGGAU